AUGGCGCCAACAGAAAAAGUUGCAGAAGAUGAUUUAAAUUUGGCUUAUUUUCACGGAGCCCUGAUGGAUCAGGACUCGGAUCAGCUACUUGUGAACGAGGGCGACUACCUCGUCGUUACCAAAUUCAUGUCGGAACUAAAUAAAAUGCAGUAUUAUCUAGCGGUGAGAACGAAGAAAGGCAUUCGGCGAUACGAGAUCAAACGAACGUCGACGAGCGCGAAAUUGGGCGGCAAGAGCGGCGCGAACAUCGGGAAGCUGAUCGAGAUCAUCGCGAAAGAAUCAUUGGAGAUUAAAGGCGAAAAAGUGCAAUUGAAACGGGCGAUUCCCAAAGGAAAAUUCCAAUUGAUGCAUCGAGAUGUGAUUUUUAAAAAGAAGAUCGGUUCUGGAGCUUACGGAACCGUCUACCGAGGACGGCUCGUCAAGAGCAAUAAAGUGGUGGCUGUGAAGAAGCUUGACGCCGAAGGAGCCGAUGAGGACGGACUUGUGGAAAUGAUGAAGGAAGCUCGCGUGAUGCAACUCUAUGAUCAUCCGAAUAUUGUCAAAUUCUAUGGAUUCAUUCUCGAUGAGCAGCCCUAUCUUCUGGUUCUUGAAUAUUGUAAUGGCGGGUCUGUGGAGGAUCGGCUGAGAGAUAAACCGCAUAAAACGAGUGUUCCCGCUCGAGUGACUAUGACAACGCAAGCUUCCUGCGGAUUAGAGUACCUACACAAAAAGAAUUGCAUUCAUCGAGACAUUGCGACAAGAAAUUGUCUAAUUCAUCGCGGCAUCGUCAAAAUGGCCGAUUUCGGAAUGUGUAGGGCGACGUCCGUCUACAAAGUGGAUUUAACGAAGCCGUUGAACGUUCGCUGGCUGGCUCCAGAAGUUUGGGACAAUGGCGAAACCAAAUUCAACACUGACAUUUAUGCAUUCGGCGUGAUGAUUUGGGAGAUGUUUGAGGAUCCUUAUCGAUCGCCCUAUUCCGAAUGGAAGGCCUAUACCGUGAAACAAAAGGUGCGAAGCGGCUAUCGAAUGCAACCUCAUCCAUCAAUGCCUGAAGGAAUGGUGGCGAUCAUGGAAGACGCUUGGCAUCACAAUCCCAACAAGCGACCAACAGCCACCGAGUUGCGGGCUCGCUUAGAAGAUUUGACGGCGAAGCUAGACGCGGAGGGAACCGUUGACGGCAACACCACUAACACUAACACGAAUACCAAAGAGAAAAAUUGA